AUGCUAAACCUAUUCUUUCUUAUUCUCCAAAUCUCUACCCUUCAACCCAUUCUCAGUUCCCCAGUAUCAAUCCACCCCCUCGAAAACCCCCCAGAAUUGACCACACCAGACCUAAACAAAACCACAUCAGGUGUAACUCCAAACCCUAAAAAGCGCGGACCUCCAGACGGCUGGUACACCAAAGGCGGAUAUCUCACCUGUCUGACAAUCGACGAAGUUAUCACCCGCUGGCGUGAACAAUCCUACCCCGCAAAUAUCGGCCCGAUCCGCCCUGGUGACUACAGGUUCUUACAUAACGUUUUAGAAAAUUCGCCACGACAUCACGUCGUCGAAUUCAUCUCAACCUUCAUAGACCAUUGCCAGGAAUGUGCAUGUUCGUCGAGAGAUAAUGAUGAAACUGGAAAUGCGAUUUUAAAACCGCCGGAGAUGUCGCCGGAGUUGACCCUGUGUGAGACUCAAGAGAAGGCGAAUAGUUGUAUGUAUUUGUUUGGAUGCACAUGUCAAGUUCUCAUUUUCCCAAAGGAUGAUCCGGAGGUGACGGCGGCGUCUUUAUUUAGCGCCCUAAAUCAGCCUUUCAUGCCACCAUUGAGGUCACAUAGCCAACAAAAGAAGACUAGGAGGAGGAGGAAGGGGAUGUUCAAUCCGACAGACCUUGCGGGUAUUGCUGAGGGAAAUGAACAUAGCAGGGGAGGCGCGGCCGGGUCUUCCAGGGAGAAGUGGCUGGUGCCCGGGGUCAAAGAACCAUUCUGGUUGGAAGGACCAGAUGAAGAGCCUACGGGAGACUCACGGAAUUGGUUUCGUGGGUUAAAUGGGGAUUUGAGGAGUAUUUCGGGGAGUAGCAGCGCUCUGAGAAAGAGGAAUGACCUCGAGGAUCAAACCCCUAAUCAUGAUAUAGAAGAAGGGAAUGGAAUAGCUCAAGCGGAGAAUAUCGGCGCCGGCGCCAACAAAACGAUCGAAGACUUUAAAUAUAAAUAUUAG